CCUCCUCCACCUCAAGGAGCCUCUGGCCGACUCCCUAGCCCCAGGUCUGGAGGGACCUCCAUCUUCAGCUUCAGAGUCUCUGGUUUCUGCUCAAGGACAAAUGGCACAGCAUACCUUCCAUGAUCGAGAACAAAAAGCAGGAAGGACAUUCAGGCAACAGAUUAGAAAAUCCACUGAAGAAACAAUGAAGCCAACGGAAAUACAGGUAACGCUCACUGAAGCCCUGUGGGACCAGGUGAGGAUGGCUUUUAGGGAUAUACAAAAGGAGCUACAGGAAGAUGCUCGGACUCGAGGGAUGAGUAACUGCUUAAUGUCAUCUGCAUCCAGGAUUGGAAGCAUCAGGCCUCCAGAUUCCUGGACAUCCCAAAAUAUGAGAAUUUUACUGCCCAGCACUGAAGAACAGCCAUCAGAGGUCCAGGCCCACAACCUGAAAAGCCAGCACUCUGAUUAACCAGCUUGCUACCCUGGACCCUAAUCAUACAAUAAAGGAAGAAGACCUCCUUGGCUUCUGCCAGGUGUUUCACCCAGA